AUUUUCAUUUCACUAUUAUUUUCAACAUCAAGUGGGAUAUUAAUUUCUGAACUGAAGAUAACUAAGAUAUUAACCGGUUCAGUUAACCGAUUCCUUGCAUUCUAUAAAUCUGACGCACCAUAUUUCUUCUCAUACCACAAUUACUAAUUAACCAACUCAAAUCUUGGAACUCAAGAAACAACAAUGUCGGAGAUGGCCGGAGAUUCUUCAACAUCAGAAGAUAAAAUCCAUAAACCAAACCGCGAGAGGAAUGUCUCCGGCGAACUUGACGUCUUCGAAGCCACUCGAUAUUUUUCCGACUUCAACGAACCAACGACGAUCGAGUACUCAAGAAUCCAAAUACAGAAACAAAGCAUUGUUACAGAAAAUCGACAGAAGAGAGUACACCCUGAGACAGAAGAACACCUCCCUAAACCUAGAGUCGUCGUCAUAAAGCCGCAGAAGAAAGAGAUGACACGUGGCGGCGGUAAGAAGCUAACCAGUUUCUUGAACUCUCUUCUUCGCUCAGCUGGUCUAAAGAAGAAGUCAAAGUCAGCGCCGGAGGUGGAGACACCACGAGUAGAAAGGAUGAGGAGGAAGAGCUGCGUAGUGACUACACACGCCGCAGAUGCUUCGCCUCUCACCAAUGCCGGCGCGUGGAGUUUAAACGCGCGUAGAAGAAGCUUUGAUGAGAAAGAUUUGAAGAAGAGUGAUCAGAAGUUGAACAUAAGAUUUUGUGAGAGUCUGUAUUCGGACCAAAGGGUUGAGACAAAAGACCCAAAUGCAGGAGACAAGAACGAUGUAAUUGGUGGAUGCGAGAGUGAUUCAAGUUCUGAAUCUGAUCUUUUUGAGUUGGAUUUGUUUGCUAAAUCAAACCCCUAAUUAAGAACGGUCCGGAGAAUAAUUUUCUAAUGUAACUUCAGUCUUAAUUAUUAUCAUGAAGCGAGGUUGGACCAUUUCCACCUUGUACAAAGUUAUAUUCGUCCAUUCAUAUGUUGGGAUAUUUUAUAUUGAAAACUAGCUAGCAGAAUUUAGUCAAUUGGGAAUCUACCAAUAGUAAAAAAAAAACCCUAACUCGAUGUCACCAACAUCUCCUUUUUUAAAAACCCUAGCAAUCAUCGAUUCAUCUUUCCACCCUUCUAUGACAACACCUAUCAUGCAAUUAUUCUAUAUCGUAGAAACAAUUUUGGGUAAAAUUAAGUUGAUGGGCCUCCCCAAAUCAUGCAUCUUCUUUCCCACUCCUACUGUUCUACUCUAUGUAUGAAAUUG